CAGCCUUUCUCUCCUCCGCAUUCAGUUGGAUGUGCUUGUCUGUAUCUUCUUGUGUCUGCAUGUGAGUCAGCUGCAUCCUCAGCUCCUGGCACAUUAUUUUCAAUCUCCACAAAGGAAGGAGCAUCACUGACACUCAGGACUCCAAGGUAGGAAGAUAGGAGAAGGAGGUCAGCAUGGGUUCCAGCUCCUCCUCUUAUGCCCCCAGAACCAUUUACCUCGAUGUGGACGGGAAGGUGCAAAAGGUGGUGUUCAGCCGGCACUGCAGUCCAUGUGACAUCAAAGAGCUUCUAUGUUCGUCCUCUAACAUUCCCAGGAACACUGCCAUUACGAUUGUGAAUCCAGAAGGUUCCAUGGUCUCCAUUGAUCCUACUAUGCCCACCAACUCUGCAAACUUUUUAUACAAAGUUGUCCCAUUGUCUACCAGUCAGCCUGAAGAGAAGGAAGACAUGUUUCAAAGCAUGCUGUCCCAGGUGGCAGAGCAGUUCAGCAGAGCAUUUCACAUCAAUGAGUUGAAGAGUGAGGUCACCAACAGGCUGGCGAUGCUGGAGAAGAGAGUGGAACUGGAGGGCUUGAAAGUUGUGGAAAUUGAAAAGUGUAAAAACGAUUUGCGGAAGCUACGAGAUGAGAUUACUUCGAGAGGUGGCGGCAGCCUCUCAGACGAUGGGAAGAAGGUCACUCCUAGACGAGACAUCCCCAGUUACCCAAAGUACACACUUUCUCAGGAGACGAUUGAGGCUCUGAAGAAGCCAACGUUUGAUGUCUGGCACUGGGAACAUAACGAGAUGCUAAGUUGUCUGGAGUACAUGUACCAUGACUUGGGGCUAGUGAGGGAGUUUAACAUGAACCCCAUCACACUGAAACGCUGGCUGCUGGCCAUUCAGGAGAACUACCGCAACAACCCUUUCCACAACUUUCGUCACUGCUUCUGUGUUAGUCAAAUGAUGUAUGGCAUGAUCCACCUCUGCAACCUACAGGUAUCUGAUAAGCUGGCACUCACAGACAUGGGGAUUUUAAUGACAGCUGCAGUGUGUCAUGACCUGGACCACCCCGGCUACAACAACACGUACCAAAUCAAUGCUCGCACAGAGCUGGCGGUGCGCUACAACGACAUCUCUCCACUGGAGAACCAUCACUGUGCUGUGGCCUUCCAGAUCCUUGCUCUUCCUGAGUGCAAUAUCUUUGCUAAUGUGGAUCCUGAAGCAUUCAAACAGAUCCGACAGGCCAUCAUCACCCUCAUUCUGGCCACUGACAUGGCCAAACACGGGGAGAUACUAGAAUCCUUUAAGCAAAACGUGGACAACUUUGACUUUACCAUUGCAGAGCAUGUGGCAUGCCUGAGGAUGGUUUUGAUCAAGUGCUGUGAUAUUUCCAAUGAAGUGAGGCCAACUGAGGUAGCUGAGCCGUGGGUCGACUGUUUACUGGAAGAGUAUUUCAUGCAGAGUGACAGGGAGAAAUCUGAGGGUCUCCCCGUGGCUCCCUUCAUGGAUAGAGAUAAAGUCACCAAACCCACUGCUCAGAUCGGAUUCAUCAAGUUUGUCCUCAUCCCAAUGUUUGAGACAGUCAUGAGGCUUUUCCCUCAAAUUGAGGAGCUCAUGGUUCAGCCUUUGAGGGACUCUCGUGACCACUAUGAGGAGCUCAAGCAACUUGAAGAUGCUAUGACAGAGGGAUCGUCUUUCAUGAUCAAAUUCAGGAAAGGCAUGAAAAAAUGUGAGUGAGGCCCCAGUGAAGACAUUCUGCACUGCAUUCUGCAGAUGACAGCUGGAGCAGGAAGGCAAAGUAAAAAAGAAAUUUGGCAACAUGGUGGCACAUCUUGAACUUUAACUCAGAGUUUUGCUGUGGUUGUUACAAGGAACAACCUGCUGACCUUUCCAUAUAUUCAUGGUAUUUAUGUUGUGCUCUCUUUACAAUUUUCAUUCCAAGUGUAAGAGUAUGAAAGAAAAACUUGUGUUGUAAUUGACUCCAUGGAUUUGAUAAGUGUGCCAAGUUGGCCAAAUGGAUCAGGAAAAUGUAAGACCAUGCUUUUUACUCAGUUUGUCCAGCAGAAAAACAGAAUGCAAUGAAGUGAGAUUCACUUAACUUAGCAAUAAAGUGUUGUUAUUGUGGUAUAUCACUAGUGUUUUCCAAAGAAAAAUGCAUCUUCCCAUCUUUAUUUUGUUCACACUACUUUGAUAAAAUAUUUGUUAAAACCUUUUAAUAAAAUGUUUCAGCUGGAGCCAGGAUUAUUUUAACAUAUCAUUACUGAUAACUAAUAUAUAAUAAGUUAGUAGAGAAACUGGAACACAAGAUGGUGUGACAGUUACUGAAAUCUUUUAGAUUUAGUCUUUUAGAUGUGUAACAUAAAAAAGAAAAGAAAAAGAUAUUUUGGGCCUAACUUCUGUGCUCCAUACAAACAUAAAGAAAAAGGAAGAAAAAAAAUCCUCUAAAAGUCACAAAUAUUAGAAAUUGUACAGCGUAGCCGGCAGGAUAAAAUGUAAUGCUGUCCAUAUAUGUUGUUGUGGCAUACAGGGCUGUUCCCUUAAAGGUGGCAGAUGUACCUCAUAGCUUUAAAAUCCCUGAGAACAAACACAUCACAGCUGGUAAUGACAAAGAAUGUAAUUGUCUUGCUUUUGCAGGUGAAAUAAUAUUUAAAAAAUGUCUAAACACACACCCUCAGUGUAAAAAUGUUCUAAUGUGUUGCUGUUGUUUUUCACAUCAGUUGAGGCUGUUUUACAAUGCUGUCCACACAUUUCUGCUUUUCCCACCACCGCUUCUUGAUUGGUUGACUUUUGAUUCUUCCCUGCCACGUUUUACAUAAAAAAACUAAAACACAGUCAACAUAUACUGUUUUGAGAUAUCACUAACUAUUCAGAGCACCACCCAAAAGUACAGAGACCGACUACACACCCCUCUGUCUUUCAGCAGCUUCCCUUCCAGCCAUCAGAUGUUGGUGGUUUACCACCAGGUACUCCGCAGCGCUUUUAUGACUGCUUUUUUUGGCAACAUGCUGUAAAUUACUCUAUCAUUACCUUACCUGAAGGCCUCAUAUAAACCCAUACCGAAUACCACCUGUAUAGCUUUUAUGAAAUCACAUGACUACUACAAAGUAAUGACCAGUAUGAAUCCCCAAAGGCAAUAUUUGUAAACUGCACCUUUUCCUGAAGUUUUGUUUGUACAAAAUAAUGUAGUGUAAUUAAUAAAUUACACUUGAAACUCUU